CCUCCAAAGUCUCUCUAUAAUGAGACGGUGCCUUGCGUCUUUGCUUUCUUCUCCCGUUCACACGAUUUCUUUCUGUUCUUCAAUUUUCGCUGUUUCUUUUGACGGAACAGAAGCAACAUCAUUGUUAUCGAUGAUGUUGUGGAGAUGAGCAUUAUGAUUGUCCAUGGAGGUUCCUCUUCCCCUCGAUUCCUAGAUGCGUAUCCCAAAAGGUACUCAUUGAAGAUCCUUUCACACCCCUCAACUUCUAGCUUUUGUUCAUAAUUUUUACUUUCCCUUCUAUUUUUCAGUUCUAUGGGUGAAAUCUGAAAAGAAAAUUAUUGAUAUUCAAGUAUUUUAUGGACUUGUUGUUUUUGAUUCAGUGUUUUCCACCUGUGUUUGGAGGGUUUCGAGAGCUUUCGGGGUUAGGUUUUGAUAUAGUUUUUCUAUAGCGUCUUGUUUAAAUCUCAUUCACUCUCUCAUUUGGUAGGGAUUGAAGAUAGCUUUUUUCUUACCUUUUAAAGAUCUUAUCUUCUUUCUUUCUUCUUCUAGGUGUGAUACAGAUAGCUUAUUGAAAUUUGAUUUUGUGUUGUGGGUUUGUGGGGAGUUUGUUAUUUGAUUGAGGAAUAAUCUAGGGUUUUGAUGGAAGGGAGUUAUUGUGGAGAUUGAUAGAUAAAUAAUUAUGAUGAAGGUGUUUAUAAGGUUGUUUUCUUAAAUUUUUUCUUGGAAAAUUAUGGAAAAACCAUUCAAACUACCAGCAACAAUGAUACCCACAGAGGAAACAAGCUGAAGUAUGGGAGAUUCUCUUCUUACUGCCUUGUCAAUGGAGAAUCAUCACCCAUCUACUCUCUUAUCAAUGGAUUCCAGCGCCUCCUCUCAUGACGAUUUGGAUUUGGAGAUGAAUCGCCAUAUCAUUCUUCCCCGUCCACCGGAUAUCAAUUUACCACUGUCAGCUGAGCGUAGCCCGCCUCCACAGCCAUGGAAUUCAGAUACGUUUGACAUUUUAGAUGUGGGGCUUAGUUCGCAAGCAUAUGAGCCUGAAACUUACCUUAAUAUCCCCAAGGCUGGACGAAAGUGUGCCAAGCGGGUUGAUAGUAUAUGGGGUGCUUGGUUUUUCUUCAGUUUCUAUUUUAAGCCUGCUUUGAAUGAGAAAUCAAAGGCCAAGAUUAUAAGGGACAGCAAUGGUGUUUCAGGGUUUGAUAAAUCUGAUCUCAAGCUUGAUGUUUUUAUGGUUCAACAUGACAUGGAGAAUAUGUACAUGUGGGUUUUUAAGGAGAGGCCUGAGAACGCAUUGGGAAAGAUGCAACUAAGGAGUUACAUGAAUGGGCAUUCUCGCCAAGGUGAGCGUCCGUUUCCGUUUAGUGUUGAUAAGGGAUUUGCUCGAUCACACAGAAUGCAACGGAAGCAUUAUAGAGGUUUGUCAAACCCCCAGUGUGUGCAUGGAAUUGAGGUUGUUCCAUCACCCAAUCUUAUGGGUCUUGAUGAGGAGGAGCGAAAGAGGUGGAUGGAACUCACUGGAAGGGAUUUGAAUUUUACAAUUCCACCUGAAGCUAGUGAUUUUGGUUUGUGGAGAAAUCUUCCAAACACAGACUUUGAGCUUGAAAGGCCUCCUCCUCCAAUAAAGAGUGCCUCAAACUCUCACUCAAAGAAGCUGCUAAAUGGCUCCGGGCUUAAUCUGUCAACUCAGCCAUCCAGCCACAGCAAUGGUGAUGGGAUGGACCUAUCACCCGUUAGCAGCAAAAGGAGGAAGGACUUUUUCCCGCAUGGGAAUGAUGAUGAUUAUCUGGCUGUCAAUCCUCCUGCAGAUCGAAUUUCUGACAUGGAAUUUCACCCUAAUGAGCCACACUGGUUGCAUGACUUCAGUGGGGUGAUGAAAAAUGUUUAUGGGCCUGUUACUGCUGCAAAAACAAUUUAUGAGGAUGAAGAUGGUUAUUUAAUCAUUAUCAGCUUGCCAUUUGUGGAUCUUCAGAGGGUGAAGGUUUCAUGGAGGAAUACUUUGACUCAUGGGAUCAUAAAGGUAUCUUGUGUGAGCACAUCAUGUAUGCCAUUUAUCAAAAGACAUGACAGGACUUUCAAGCUUGCAGAUCCAGCAUCUGAGCAUUGUCCGCCUGGUGAGUUCAUCAGAGAAAUCCCUCUUUCAACUCGAAUCCCUGAAGAUGCAAACAUCGAAGCCUACUAUGAUGGACCCGGAUCUGUGCUUGAGAUUAUGGUUCCAAAGCUCCGGGUAGGUCCAGAAGAACAUGAGGUUCGCGUUUGCUUACGUCCUCAUCUGGGAGGAAAUGAUCUUAUGUUGACCUGAAAUAUAGGAAAUUUAAUGAGAAUUUUAAGGGUGGUUGCAAUAGUUGGCUUCAUUGAUUUACUGACUUUUGUAGCAUACAGUGUAAUCAAUGAAACAAUAUGGGUGCCUCGUCUUAGUUAUCUCCUAUUCAUUUUUUGGUUUACUAAUCGCCCAUUUUUCUCAUUCCAGUGUUUUUGUUUAGCUGUUGACUGUAACUACAAUUGAUUUUUGAAAUUAUAUGAAUUAGAGUCAUCACUUUAAAGUA